CUGUGUAGCUCGAAAGUCAAAUAGAAUGUGGAGAGAGAACGAAUACGGUAGGAACGCCAAGUGUGCUCAUCGGCAGGUGUUCAGUUUUGUGAAGAGACAUUUCGUGGAGGAGAGUCAUUCCUGUCAACCCUGUUGAGUCACUGCAGUGAGUUGCACUUUUUCGAGCUGCGAAGCAGGGCUAACGGAACCAGACGAAUUUCAAGUGAGAAGUUUUGAGAUCAGAUCCUCGUGCAUGAUGGCGCAAUGGUGGCGCUGUCACCAAGAGGUGCAGAGCGCUAUUGAGAGCUUUGGGGCGGCGGCACAGGAGGAGAAUUCUCGUGAAGAGGGUCUGAAACAUCGGGAAAAUGAGGUGGGGCAAAUACUUAGAGAGCACCACCAAUGGUUCCUCAACACCUUUGACAACUUCAAGCCGCCUUCUGCCGCGUCCAAAGCGGCUCUCCAGAACGAGACCAUCACUCUGGGGCCGGAGACGAUUCCAGUCACUGCGGAUCUGAGGGAGACUGCUCUUGAAGCGAGCGCGCGUCUGGACUUGGACGAGACGCAAGCAUACCUUAUGGUGCACCGGUGCGCGGAAGACGGGGACGGUGUCCGGGGAGGGGGCCCAGGAGAAAGCGACCUGUUGGAUCAGGUUGUCGCUUACCACGGGGCAGAGCGAUCGGCCCUAGUUACAAGCCUUCGUACUUUGCUGAGCUUUCAAGAUGGUGACGGCAACCAAGGCAACUCCGCUGUGCGUGUAUUUGCGGACGCCGUUAACCGUCUGAUCAAGGACGGGUUAGAAGCAAACCUUGUGGCGACGGUGAAGAGACACCUGGUCGCAACCCCGCCGGCUAGCCUCGACUCUGCUUCGAUUCCGAUGUGGGCAGACCAGAUGGCCGGAGAACAGUCUCUGCUGAUAAGCGCGCUCUUCAUGCUGUACUUCACUCGGCCUCCCACCGGGCCCAGUCGCCUCCUUGAGCUGCUAGAAUAUUUCUCGGAGCACGUGUUCCUGCAAGACGAAUUCGCCACUGACACGUGGCAGGCCUACGCGACCUCAGACCUCGCGCUGGUUCGACACCUGGCGGUUCUCUUGCUGCUGGUGCUGAUGGGCCUCGAGAAACUGCCAGCGUCGUCAAAAAACGGGGACUCUCCCAGGUCGCUCAACGGUUAUCCGUUCGACUCUGCUUCCUCCGCUGCUCGCUUCGACUCCCUCCUCCUCUCCCUAGAAGACGCCUCCCCCUACGCCGCUCCACUUUCUCUAGCCUGGGCUUCGUCAAUCACGCUGCUACGAGCCCUUCCCGAUUCGGGGGGGUCGGAUCUGCUGGCGGACCUGCCCCCCGACGGAGCGAAUGUCCACAUCCAGAGGGCGGAAGAAGGGGCCGUGUUCGAGCAGAUGCUAGGGAUGCUCCGGCAGGACGAGUUUAGAGUUUUGGAACCGCAGGUUACGGCUUACAAGCACACCAUGAAGCUCCUGGUGUCCACGUCCCUCCGCGCCUACAACCUCUACUCCCCGGUCGUCGACGAAUCCAACCCCCGGGGCCAAACCGUAGUGGACCUCCUCUCUUCCCUCUUCUUCGGGGAAGAGUACCUGGCACUCAGCUUCUUCGACUCCCCCCUCGACGCGCCCAUCAAAGAGCUCGCCGAGGCGCUCGCGCUCUUCUUCCCUGCGCGCUCGCGCCGCUUACUUCAGCUGCUGACGUCACUCUGCCAGGGCCCUUGGGCCACCGAGAACGUCUUCAACUUCCUCUACCACCAGCGCACGGUCGCGUUCCCCCACCCCCACGCCGGGGGGGCCGUCCAGGCCCUGCUGCCCACCCCCCUGCCGCAUGCGCCGGGCCUCUACGUGCCACGUGGCACCCAGGGGGCGGUCCUGGGGUCCGAUGACGUCAUCGAUGACGUCGGCCGGCGCGGGCAGCUGGUCGCGUGGGAGUGCCGACACCACCCGGUUCUGGUGCUGCUCCUGAUGGCGAGGCAGCUUUCCAAGCGGCUCGCGAGGGGGGGCGGGGACGAGGUGACGUUACAAUUACGGCCAAUCUUAGAACUGCUGGCGGCGCUGACGUCAUUCGGGGGCGCGCCGGUCGCGACCCUGGUGCUCGAGCUCGAUAGCUCUCCGCUCGUUGUAGCCGGCAAAAGAGACGGGAGAGUGGAUCCCGGGCUGCAACUAGACACGAUACGAACUCUAGCGGCGAUCUGUCAUAACGUAGGCCACGGAAGGGGUGUGGGGUUAGCUUUGCUCCCCGCCGUUUUGACGGUCAUGGCGUCUUUCGUGGAGAUCUGCCCGGCGCGCGUAGGGGUGAAUUUUGCGCAAGUGGGCUUGUUCGAGGUCAGCGGAGAGGAGGAGCGGUUGUACCGGCUUCAAGAGGUGCUGGAGGGAGGGGAGUACCGGACAGGGGAAGCGAAAUUGACACUAGCAGUUCUCGAGCUCGUUCAUCGACUUGUGGAGCACGGCGUUCAGUCGCGCUGGGCAGCAGCCGUGGUUAGACAGUGCGUAGAGGAGAUUUUGCAACAGGUCAAAGGCCGAAGGUUCUUGUCACAGCUGUCGCUUUGGCAGGUAGUGGGCCGGUCGCUGGAUGUCGCCGCGGCAUCUUUAGCGUCCUACACCUUCGCUAACGGACAAAGCCUACCCCUCCAAACCGUUACCACUUCGGCGUUCCUCCACUCCGCAAACCCCGAGUCCCGAAACAUGUUGCUAAGCGUUCUAGCUGUUGGAGCGACCGGUCUAGAAGCCAUUGAGUUCUCGGCGACGUCCACAGUGGGAGAACUAGAGGCAGCGCAAGAUGCGGUCGCCGGGGCACUGCGGCUCUUCACGAGCUUGCUAGAGCACAGCGCGGGGGAGGCCGGUGUGAAUGCGCUCGAGGCCCUGGUGUUCAAAGACGGGAACGAGAGCGUUCUAGGAGCGCUUGCCACCUUUCUGAGAUACACCAGCAGUGAGAGUUUGCAGGCCGUCGCAGCAGACUCUCUGCGAGCUCUCAUAAUGCGUGCGGCGCAGACGGGCAGCACAGGAGGGGAACUGGCAACUGGGAUAGUCCGAGCACUCCGCCAGGCGGAAGCCAAGCGGGUCCAAGUUGCAAUAGGGGAGGCGCUGGAGUCGGUCGGGGUUUCGUCCCGGGCAUCCAAUGGGGUAGCCGAUCUUCUCAGCGCGGCCGGCGUGUGGCAACCGAGCCUAGUGGCAUGGGCGUUCAUUCCGGCCAACGGAAGGCGGACAGAAGACAAGGGGCCGGAAACGGAAAUGCGUACAACGGGGGAGAAGAGCAAGGCGAUGCAAGCUCUUGCGCGAUUAGUUACGGAACUGCCGGAGCUGGCAAAGAGUGCCCCAACGGUCUCGCGCCGGGUUCUGGCAAUGCUUUUAGCACUCUUCCAGUCGUGCGGUCCUGACGCUGCCGAAUCCGGCCUGGGACUCGGAGCGCAACUAUGGGCGAUCUUAGCUCAAGUUUUGGGAGCGACCACUGAGCAGCUUCGGACAAGCAGUGACGCCGAAACGGAAGACGUGGCGGGCAAUCACCGGGUCGUUGUUUCUUUGGUGCUUUCGCUUAUGUCGGAACAAAUGUGGGCGGUUGCAAGAAACCGGGGAAGACGGGCAGUGGAUAGAGCGGAAGGAAAACUAGAGGGGGCGAGAAAUGGGGCGGUGGAAAUAGUGUCUGACUGGGAGGGGAAAGUUGGGGAGCGGCCAAGUGAGACGGCGGAGCGGCUGUGUCAAAGUGUGACUCAGGAUGACGGACUACGGAACGCUGUGAUCCUCUGCCGUGUAGCUGUGCUGGGCAUGCUGACGUCACCCCCCCCUCGUGCUGACGCCACGAUCGGGGAAGCCCUGGAAAGGGCGCGGCAGGCUUUCGAGAGCCACCCGGCUUUCAACAGAUUGGCACGGGACCCGGUUUACAGCUCCACGGACCCCCCUGAUGCCCUUAUUCUUACCGACCUCGCCGCCCACCUCAGCGGCGCCCUUUCACACCGCCCCAUCCCCACCGGCCCCUUCCUAGAACUCGCCGCGUACAUCGAAGAACUCCAACUCGAGUCCCUGCUCAUGCGGCCCUCCCGGGGAUCCCCCUCGUCGCUGACGUCAUCCGACGAGACGAUGACGUCAUCCGCCGAGAUACUGACGUCAUCGGGGUUCCUGGGGCCGUUCGAUGUGGCGGGCGCGGCGCGGGCGGUGGGACCAGAGGCGGGGGAGGCUGUUCGAGAGGCGUUAGAAGCAGUCGAGCGGUGGAACGGGGCGGAGAUUGGGGCGAGGGCGCAGUCACAGCUGGGACGGGCGUUUGCGCUGGCGGUCGGAAUGGCUGCAGUUACCAAGGGUCCAGGUGAUACGCUAUGGCCAACUUCCGAGCUGUCCACCUCCGUAUCCACCGUCUGCGCCGCCUUCGACUCCUCUGCCAGCCAAUCCGCUGACGCCACGUCAUCAAAUCCCGCCACAUCAUUCGGCAGAGUCUCCGUCCUCGCUGGCCUCCUCGCCUCGCUGACCCACGCAUCCCCCCCCCAAACCCGCAGCGAAAUCACCCCCCUGGUAGUGCAAACCGCUGCUCGGAUGAUUCAGUCCCAAAACGGUAGACCGAGCCCCUGGUUAGGAUCUCCCGCCUCCAAACUAGUCCUGCAAACCACGGUUAAGUGCUUAACCUCGGAGGGUUCAGGCCCCGAAAAGUCGACGUCCCUGGCGCUUCGAGGAGACCAGAACGGGGAUAAGCUACCGGGCAGCGACGAUAAGCUACCGGACGCGCUUCCCAGCUUAUGCCAGGCGGUCGUUUCCCCCGGGGAACAGCUCCUUGUCAGUACGGUCCUGUCUCAACUCCUGUCGCGGCUCCCGAUUGACUCGUGGGAAGGUCGGGUUAUGCAAAACCUGGCCUUUGCGGAGCUGGUUAGGUGUCUACCGGCCGCUCCUACCGGGCAAUUGGAAGCCGUUCUGGGGCUGCUGAAGGCGCUGGUGCAGAGGUCGGGGGAGAUUGCUGGGAGACUGGUGGAAGCGGGAUUAGUGCAAGCUUUGACCAGUCUCGGUCAAGCACAUCCCCCUCCCUCUCCCCACGGCCCAUUCUCCCUGACCUGGGACCAAACCCCGCUUAACCCAGACCAAACCUGGGGUUCCGUAACAGCCCUCUUAGCCGCCCUUCCCAUAAGCGUUCCUCGCCGCUACCACGUCGAAGAAAAGCUAGAGGCGGCUGUCGCCGCGCUUGGCCCUUCUCUCCUCCAAUCUUUGACACCGCCGAUUGCAGACCCCAGCGUGCGGCCCAGGAUGAGCAUCUCUAGUGUCAGAGCGGCUCUUCACUCCGCCCAGUUACUUGCCCGGUUACACCAACCGGGGGCGACUUUGGCAGCCGUUCUGGGCCCCCGUUUCGUGAGUGCGAUUGACCGAGCGACGUCACAGACGCUCCAUUUCGUGGCGCAAGAAGGGCUGUGCGGGGGGAACCCAAAGAAAGGACGCGCGCAUGUGGGGUGCAUUGUGGAGACGCGAGAGGAACGGGCGCUGGCCAGAACGGAACCGGAUAUUCCGGCGGAAUCUGCUCUGAGGGGCUGGUUCGGUGUCGUAAGCGCGUGGGCGAAGGAAGAGUCCUCGAAACGGUCGAUGCAGACGCAAGAAAGAAGCAUGACGUCACAGCCCUCAAGUGUGAACGUGUCGGGUAUAAGCCGAGAGCAGGGGGCAUACGCUAUGCGGGCGGGGCCGUCCGCUUAUACAGAGGCGCUUGCGGAUGAUGUGUACCUUUUAGGAGAGGUGUUGGCGCGGUAUACGGCGGUGCGGAUCGGAGAGGCGCUGAGUGGGGCGGGGAGACACGUGUCUGGGGGAUCCCCCCCGCCAGAGCUUCCAACCAGCGAGACUCUGCAUGCCCUUCAGGACCAAUGCCUUCUUGUCGUGCCGGUUCUUGCUCCGUUCCCCUCCUUGCGAGGCCCUGUUUUGGCCCUUCUCGACCACGCUUAUCUGCUAGAGGCUUCCGUCAACCAGCUGUUUGGAGCGCACCCCUCCAAGCUACGGGCAGAGUCGGCGGCGAAGCACGUCAAAGCGGCGCUUACAGCUCUUCGUCAACAAGGUUCACCAGCUAGUAGCGAUACUGCUCGAGCUGUCGAAAGUGCGGCCCGGCAAAUGUAUCCACAAGCGGUGGAGCAAUUCUAGUGGGCAUCUCAAUUGUUGGGCCGAGUCGACCAAUGAUAUCCUGAGGCAGGUACAACACUGGUACGGCAAUUUAUUCCGGUGGCAUGAUAAGCAGAGUGUGUCAAACAGCGGCCUAAAGAUCUGCAUAAUGCAAGCUGAUCCAUCCAUGGGGAACCUGUGCCUGAUUCGUCAUUAUCGCAUGUAUGGCCCUGACGACCUGACAGCUUUCUGGCACGGACAGAAUCAUGCU